AUGACAAGGAUCUUGACCGUUUGCAGAAUGGUGAAAACGUUAAAAGGUGGAGAUGGUAUUUCCCAUAGGGCUUCUCAUCACAACUGGCGCUUUUCAAGGACUGGCGUCCGAUCCCUGAGUAUGAAGGCACAAACAGCCAACUUGGUGCUGGAAGAUGGAACCAAGAUGACGGGCUACUCCUUCGGUCAUCCGUCCUCUACCGCCGGAGAAGUUGUGUUCAAUACUGGCCUUGCUGGGUACACAGAGAGUUUGACAGACCCCAGCUACCACGGACAGAUUCUCACACUGGUUAAUCCCAUCAUAGGCAAUGGUGGCGUCCCCGAUCCGGCAGUUUUGGAUGAAAUGGGCCUCAGGAAAUUCUUGGAAUCAGACGGCAUCAAGGCGUCAGGCUUGUUAGUGUUGGAUUAUAGCAAGGACUACAGUCACUGGCAGGCAGUGCAGGCCCUGGGGGAGUGGCUGAAAGAGGAACAGGUUCCGGCUCUUUCCGGUAUUGAUACCAGAAUGCUGUCUAAGAUAAUUCGAGACAAGGGAACUGUUCUGGGGAAGAUUGAGUUUGAGGGCCAGCCGGUGGAAUUCUUGGACCCAAACAAGAGGAACUUGGUUGCUGAAGUUUCAACCAAGGAGGUCAAAGUGUAUGGCAAAGGAAAUCCAAUAAAAGUGGUCGCUGUGGAUUGUGGAUUAAAGCACAACGCCAUUCGAUUGCUAGUAAAGAGAGGUGCUGAGGUGCAUCUGGUUCCUUGGAAUCAUGAUUUCACCAACAUGGACUACGAUGGACUUUUAAUUUCUGGUGGCCCUGGGGACCCAACCCAAGCAAAAGAGCUCAUUGAAAAUGUUAGAAAGGUUCUGGAGAGUGACCGUCAAGAGCCUCUCUUUGGAAUCAGUCUGGGAAAUCUCAUCAUGGGACUGGGCGGGGCUUCUUCAUACAAAAUGCCCAUGGCCAACAGAGGACAGAACCAACCGGUUGUGAACAUGAGAAAUGGACAGGCCUUCAUUACGGCUCAGAAUCACGGCUAUGCGAUUGACAGCAGCUCCCUCCCUCCUGGCUGGAAGCCUCUCUUUGUGAAUGCCAAUGAUCAAACAAAUGAGGGAAUUAUGCACGAGACCAAGCCGGUUUUCACAGCACAAUUCUACCCAGAAGCCAACCCUGGGCCAACAGACACACAGUUUUUAUUUGAUUCAUUUAUUACACUGAUCAAGAAGGGGAAAAGCGCCAGCGUUGCUUCAGUGCUACCCAAGGUCGUUGCUGCAACUGCGAGAGCUGAGGUUUCCAAAGUCCUGAUCCUGGGGUCUGGCGGCUUGUCCAUUGGUCAAGCUGGGGAAUUUGAUUAUUCUGGAUCACAGGCUGUCAAGGCCAUGAAGGAAGAAAAUGUCAAAACGGUCCUGAUGAACCCAAAUAUUGCUUCAGUUCAGACCAACGAAGUCGGCUUGAAGCAAGCGGACACUGUUUAUUUCCUACCCAUCACCCCUCAUUUUGUUACAGAGGUCAUCAGAGCAGAACGGCCGGACGGUCUCAUUCUUGGUAUGGGGGGGCAGACAGCUCUCAACUGUGGAGUGGAGCUGUUCAAACGUGGCAUUCUGGAGGAGUACGGAGUGAAGGUCCUCGGAACCUCUGUCGAGUCCAUCAUGGCCACCGAAGAUCGGCAGCUGUUUUCCAACAAGCUAAACGAGAUCCAUGAGAAGAUCGCUCCCAGCUUUGCUGUGGAAUCGGUAGAUGAUGCUUUGGAGGCAGCUGGAAAAAUUGGCUAUCCUGUCAUGAUACGCUCCGCUUAUGCCUUGGGUGGUCUAGGAUCUGGGUUAUGUCAUGACAAGGCAGAGCUGGUGGAUCUCGCUACCAAGGCUUUUGCCAUGACAAACCAGCUCCUUGUGGAGAAAUCCCUUGUAGGAUGGAAAGAGAUUGAGUACGAAGUGGUGAGAGACGCUGCUGAUAACUGCAUCACAGUCUGCAAUAUGGAAAAUGUGGACGCCAUGGGAGUUCAUACAGGAGACUCCAUCGUGGUGGCCCCCAGCCAGACCCUCUCCAACGAAGAGCUGCAGAUGUUACGGGAAUCGACCAUCAAGGUGGUCCGCCAUUUGAACAUCAUCGGCGAGUGCAACAUCCAGUACGCCUUGCACCCCACUUCUCUGGAGUAUUGCAUCAUUGAAGUGAACGCCAGGCUCUCUCGCAGCUCUGCCUUGGCGUCAAAGGCUACUGGGUAUCCUUUGGCAUUUAUUGCUGCCAAAAUCGCCCUUGGGAUCCCUUUGCCAGAGAUUGAGAAUGUGGUGUCGGGAAAGACGACGGCCUGCUUCGAGCCCAGCCUGGACUACAUCGUCACCAAGGUGCCCCGUUGGGAUCUGGACCGUUUCCGAGGCGCCUCCAGCAAGAUCGGAACCUCUAUGAAGAGUGUGGGGGAGGUGAUGGCCGUCGGGCGCACUUUUGAAGAGAGCUUCCAGAAGGCCUUACGGAUGUGCCACCCCUCCGUCGAUGGCUUCACCCCCCGUCUGCCCAUGAGCAAAGACUGGGCUGCUGAUGUGGAUCUGAGGAAAGAGCUGGCGGAACCUUCCAGCAUCCGUGUGCACACCAUUGCCAAGGCCUUGCAUGACAACAUCCCCGUGGAGGAUAUUCAUCAGCUGACGUUCAUCGACAAAUGGUUCAUCUACAAGAUGCAUGACAUUGUGAAGAUGGAGAAGGAUCUGAGAAGCUUCAGCGGAGAGUCCAUUCCUGAGGGCACCCUGCGGAGAGCCAAGCAGAUCGGCUUCUCGGACAAACAGAUUGGGAAAUGUCUGGGAGUGACCGAAUCGCAGAGCAGAGACUUGAGACUCAAGAAGAACAUCACGCCGUGGGUGAAACAGAUCGACACCCUGGCAGGAGAAUACCCUGCUGUAACUAAUUACCUCUAUGUCACUUAUAAUGGCCAGGAGCAUGAUGUAAAAUUUGACGAUCGCGGAAUGAUGGUGCUGGGCUGUGGACCGUAUCACAUAGGCAGCAGUGUGGAGUUCGACUGGUGCGCCGUGUCAUGCAUCCGCGCCCUGCGCCAGCUCCGCAGGAAGACCGUGGUGGUGAACUGCAACCCGGAGACGGUGAGCACGGAUUUCGACGAGUGCGACAGGCUCUACUUUGACGAACUGUCCCUGGAGAGGAUCUUGGACAUCUACCAGCAGGAGGCAUGUGACGGCUGCAUCAUCUCUGUGGGAGGGCAGAUUCCAAAUAACCUGGCAGUGCCCCUUUACAACAACGGGGUGAAAAUUAUGGGCACCAACCCUCUGCAGAUCAACCGGGCAGAGGACCGCUCCGUCUUCUCCGCUGUUCUCGAUGAGCUGCGGGUGGCUCAGGCACCCUGGAGAGCAGUGGAGUCUCUGGAAGAUGCUAUUGAAUUUGCAGACUCGGUUGGCUAUCCAUGUUUGCUGAGACCUUCCUAUGUCUUAAGUGGCUCAGCAAUGAAUGUAGUAUAUACAGAAAAAGAGAUGAAGAAAUUCUUGGCUGAGGCAACUCGAGUUUCACAGGAACAUCCUGUUGUCCUCACUAAAUUCAUCGAGGGGGCUCGAGAGGUGGAAACGGAUGCUGUCGCAAAGAAUGGGAAGGUGAUCUGUCAUGCUGUCUCUGAGCAUGUGGAAGAUGCCGGAGUUCACUCUGGAGAUGCCACCUUGAUGUUUCCUGUCCAGACCAUCAGCCAAGGAGCUUUGGAGAAGGUGAAAACUGCAACCAGAAAGAUUGCAAGUGCCUUCUCCAUCUCUGGGCCAUUCAACGUUCAGUUUCUCAUCCGGGGAAAUGAUGUCUUGGUGAUUGAGUGCAACCUGCGUGCCUCGCGAUCUUUCCCGUUUGUGUCCAAGUCUCUUGGUCUGGACUUCAUUGAUGUGGCCACUAAAGUGAUGACAGGAGAGACAAUCCACGAGACUGCCCUUCCUGUACUCGAGAAACCCAUGAUCCCUUCAGACUACGUGGGCGUCAAGGCUCCGAUGUUCUCCUGGCCUCGCCUGAGGGAUGUUGAUCCUGUUCUCCGAUGUGAAAUGGCAUCCACUGGGGAGGUGGCCUGUUUUGGAGAAAAUGUCCACGCUGCCUUCCUGAAGGCGAUGCUGUCAACAGGAUUUAAGAUGCCGCAGAAAGGAAUCCUGCUCGGAAUCAAGCAUUCCUUCCGUCCGAAAUUCCUCCAUGAAGCCGGGCGGCUGCAGGAGAAAGGCUUUAAGCUUUACGCAUCAGAAACGACAUCUCAGUGGCUCAACGCCAAUGGCAUCGCAGCGUCCCCCGUGGCGUGGCCAUCCCAGGAAAGCCAGAGCUCCACACUCCCUUCAGCUAGACAGCUUGUGAAGGAGGGGAGCGUAGACUUGGUCAUCCACCUCUCCGAAGACAGCGCACAGUUUGCCCGUGACGAUUACCUGAUCCGCCGGACGGCUGUUGACAGCGGAAUUUCGCUCCUUACUAAUUUGCAGGUGGCAAAACUCUUCACAGAAGCUAUCGAGCGCUCCGGAAAACUGGACUGUAAAAGCCUCUUCCACUACAGACAGUUCAACACCUGCACAGCGGCAUAA